AUGGCUCGGCACAGGGACUCUCGCUCACCAUCGCCAACAGGAAGCCAUCACUCCUCGAGACGAAUCAGAAGAGAAGAUAAUGGCAGACGUGAUCGGGAUCGAAGAGAUGAUGUCAGAGGACAGAGGCAUCGCAGUCGUUCUCGAAGUCCUGACCGUCGCGAACGUGAUCGAGAGAUACCCAGCAGGACUGAUCAUUCAGUAGGAAGAUUAAAUGGAGAUUACCAUAGAUCUGGUCGUCGAGAUAGAUCUCGAGACCGCAGAAGCUAUGCUGAUAGGGAACGAUCGCCGGAUAGGAGACGACGCAGAAGUCGAGAAAGAGAUUACCGUGACAGGCGAGACGAUUCUUAUGAUGAUAGGGCUCGAAGACGCCGCGAGGAUUCUACUGACUCAUGGUCCCGUAGCAGAGGAGACGAAAAUCGCGGACAAACUCCCAGAUCAGAUAGUGGUGCAAAGAUCAAGGAUGCUCCGAAAGCAUCAGCACCCGCAGCGCAAACCGAGGAACAAAAGAAGGCAGAACGUCUGGCUAAAUUGGAAGCAUGGAAGAAGAAGAUGGCCGAAGACAAAGAGCGCAAGGAGAAAGAACUGGCAGCAGGCGGAACUCGAAAAUUACUCGAUGCUAUAGAUCAAAAGGCAAACGGUUCUCCUUCCCUAACCUCGCCAAACUCUCCUGCGAAUCCUGUAACGUCCGGCGAUCUCGCACCUCCGAAGAAUUAUGCUGGGAAGUUUGAUCCAAAGGCAAUAGCUAAGAAAGCAGUGGCUAGCUCGAGCAGUGCACAUGCUCUUGGAAAGGAUUUACCAUUGAAGGAACUGUCUAAAGCGUCCGCCACCUUAACUUCUACGGUCAAAGGAUUACAAGCUGACAAAAAGCCAACAGCCUUCAACAGCACCUCAAAGGUAUCUGCGUUACCUAAAACGAGAGGAAACCUCAGCGUUUUCGGGCUUGGAGCAAAGGCUACCGACAAUGAAAAGACAUCCCAGAAACGUGCACUAGAUUUUGAUGAAGAUGAAGGGUCAAGAAAGAAACUAGAAAAGCUACCGACCCUACCAAUGACAAACUCAGAGGAAGAUGAUGCUGCGCUCGCUAACGGUGCUGAGGGACAAGACGAUGACGACGAUGCUGAUAUGGAAGCUGCCGGUACGGAAGAAGAGGCCGCAGCAGCCGCCAGAGCUGCUGCAGAAAAACGCGAAGAAAGAUUGCAAGAAGCCGAAGCUCAACCGCAUACGAAUGGUGAUGUCCCGAUGGAAGAUGCUCCACAACCUGACCCCACUGUUAUGGAUGAAGACGAAGAACUUGACCCAUUAGAUGCUUUCAUGGAAGAAAUGGGAGACCCAUUCGCUUUACCUAAAACCAACACAACAUUUGUCAAAGAUAAUAGCAAGAGUCAACCACAAGAACCGGAAGCUUUAUUUGGGGAUGAUGAUGUGGACCUAAAAACUAUGGACGCAGACCCAGACGAGAUCCUUGCAAUUGCAAAUAAAUCUCGAAAGAAGAAGGAUAUCCCGACCAUCAAUUAUGCAAAGUUGAAUCUUCCACCAUUCCGGAAAAACUUUUACACCGAACCGGCAGAGCUUGCGAACAUGACCGAAGCUGAAAUUGCCGACUUGCGACUUGAGCUCGAUGGUAUCAAAGUAGCUGGUAAGGACGUUCCCAAGCCUGUACAAAAGUGGUCUCAAUGUGGUCUUGAUGUGAAAUCCCUGGACGUUAUAAGAAAAUUAGACUAUGAAAGGCCCACCUCUAUUCAGAUGCAAGCUAUUCCAGCAAUUAUGUCUGGUCGAGAUGUUAUUGGAGUAGCCAAGACAGGGUCGGGUAAAACCAUCGCUUUCUUGAUACCCAUGUUCCGUCAUAUUCGAGACCAACGGCCGCUGGAAGGUUCUGAUGGACCUGUCGGUUUAAUCAUGACUCCUACUCGAGAAUUGGCAACACAGAUUCAUAAAGAAUGUAAGCCUUUCCUCAAGGCAAUGGGCCUCCGUGCGGUUUGCGCAUAUGGAGGUGCUUCAAUCAAAGACCAAAUUGCCGAUCUUAAAAGGGGUGCAGAAAUCAUCGUGUGCACUCCUGGAAGGAUGAUCGAAUUGUUGGCAGCAAAUUCCGGUAGAGUUACAAAUCUUCGACGUGUCACGUAUGUUGUUCUAGAUGAAGCUGAUCGUAUGUUUGACAUGGGAUUUGAACCCCAAGUCAUGAAAAUUUUCAACAACAUUCGACCCAACAGACAAACUAUUCUUUUCUCUGCUACCAUGCCGCGAAUUAUGGAUGCCUUGGCCAAGAAGACACUUCAAUCGCCAGUAGAAAUUGUCGUUGGCGGAAGAAGUGUCGUUGCACCUGAGAUAACACAAAUCGUUGAAGUCCGAGAAGAAAAAGAGAAAUUCCACAGACUUUUGGAGCUUCUUGGGGAGCUCUACGAUGCAGAUGAAGAUGCUCGAACACUCAUCUUUGUUGAUCGACAAGAAAAAGCCGAUGACUUAUUGAAAGAUCUGAUGAGAAAAGGUUACCCAUGUAUGUCUAUUCAUGGUGGAAAGGAUCAAGUUGAUCGUGAUUCUACUAUUGAUGAUUUCAAAGCCGGUGUGGUUCCCAUUAUGAUUGCUACAUCGGUAGCUGCUAGAGGUCUUGAUGUUAAGCAGCUUAAGCUGGUAGUCAAUUUCGAUGCUCCUAAUCAUCUAGAAGACUACGUUCACAGAGCUGGUCGAACUGGUAGAGCUGGUAAUACUGGAACUGCUGUCACUUUUAUAACAGAGGAGCAAGAACAAUAUUCAGUAGGUAUUGCGAAAGCCCUCGAACAAUCUGGACAAGAAGUACCCGAUAGACUUAAUGAGAUGAGAAAAUCAUACAAAGAUAAGGUCAAAAGUGGUGUCAAAAAGGAGAGCUCAGGCUUUGGUGGAAAGGGGUUGGAACGUUUUGAUGCUGAGCGCGAAGCUACUAAAGCGCGUGAGCGCAAGAUACACAAGAUUGGCGGCGAUGAUGAAGACGAAGAGAAAGAGGAGAAAGAUGAUGAUGUUCUUCUCAAAGCUGCAUCAGUGGUUCAACCUGCCUCUGCUUCUACUGCUGCUCCACCGAAAUUGCUUGGUGUACCUAAAGGUAUCGAUCUCGACGGCGAUAUCAAAGUCCACCGCACCGAAACCGCAGCCAGUUCCAGCGGAUCUAAAAAUCCCCUCGAUAAAGUUACAUCAGCCAUUGACGCCAUCAACGCACGUCUCAACAAAACCGGGCAACUCCGCUCGGGCGUCCCAAUCGAUAACAAAGGUCCAGAUGCAGGCGCUUUCCACGCAACACUGGAGAUCAACGAUUUCCCACAGAAAGCAAGAUGGGCAGUCACUAAUCGCACCAAUGUGGCCAAGAUAUUGGAAGCGACAGGUACGAGUAUUACGACCAAAGGUAGCUUCUAUUCGGCUGGAAAGGACGUGCAAGCGGGUGGAGAUCCCAAAUUAUAUAUUUUGGUCGAGGGAGAUACAGAGGUCGUGGUUACGAAUGCGAUGAGGGAAUUGAUGAGAUUGUUGAAGGAGGGCACGAUGGCGGCGGCUGAUGCUGAGGGUAGGGCGCCGGCUAGUGGGAGGUAUACGGUUACUUAG